CCGGCGGAGUCUGAUUGGGCCGAGCAAGGGAGUUCCUCCGGCCUCCGACCUUCAAGGUUCCCUUCAAGGUUCCCUUCAACUUGUCCGACGGAGAGCUACUACCAAGUGAACCGUCCUGUUUAUUGCUUUGUAUAACACCCAACAACGUUUCUCUCCCAUCGCGAAUUCAAGUACUCUCAAUACCAAUCAUAACACCACAAUGACCGACCCUGUCCUUCAAAUUCCCGAGGUCAUCCAGACGGCUUCGAUCAACCGAAACCCCUCGCCGGACCACGACGUCAACCCGCCGACCGCAGCCUCCGAAAAGCAGCCCGUGGUUGACGAUGCUCCCUCCGAAGCUGGCAGCAUCCCGUCCGACAUCGUCGACCCUCGCCAUAUGGUCAGACCGGCCACCCGGCGCCAUAAUUUCCCCCCACUGCCCGACCUGCGCUUCGAACAGAGCUAUCUCGCCAGCUUGCGUGGCGCCGAUACCUGGGGAAGAGUUGCGUGGAUCACCAUCAGAGACCAGGUCCUCCUUCCUCUGAUGCAGGGUACGCUCUGGACUCUGGCCCUCUCCGGCUGGCGCUUCUGGAACCGCAAUGCCUCCCUCAGCGGACAGACCCUGGGCAGCAGAAUCCGUCGAUGGUGGUACGAGGUCAACAACUGGAAGCUCCCUCCUUUGGGCUCUGCCAAAGAUCCUCGGGUGGCCGCCAAGGUAGAUGACUUUCUGCAGUUCUACACGGCCCAGUUCUCGAAUGCCACCUAAAUGAUUUUGGGGGCACUCUAAAUGCGACCGAGUUGCUUAAAGACUGCUUUUGUUCGUUUGGGGUGGGGGGGUUCUUCUUGCAUUUCGGGUGUUUAGCGUUACGGCGUUCGCAUUCAUUCUAUCAGGAAGCGGUGGAUUCAUGAACCAUACCCUUUUUUUUUUCUUUCCUUCUUUGACAGCAUCAACCGGGCGUUGCAUCCGAAGAGCCCUGGAGGUUUUAUGCCCGUGGUGUUCUCGUUUCCCCGGUCGUACUGUUUCGUCUGGUUAGCUAGAUCAUGCAAUCUGUAGUUUUAGGUAUAUUUAUGUAUCUAUUGCAUAAAUGUCCCAGCUCCUGUUCUUAGACGGCGGGCUCCGUCCGCUGACGGCA